UCAGCCUACAUCUGACUUCUCUGGUGGGAUGACGCAUAAACGCGUCGACGUCGAUUGACAGAUUAAUCAACAGUUGUAUUCGGAUGCUGAAAUACACUCGGAGUAAUCUGUCGGCGUCAUUCUUCGUUCAUGGUGCCACCGACCUCAUUCGCGUAAUCGUGCGAUGUGAAAGGAAAGGCACGAGAUUGCUGCGCGUCGCGACACAAAUAUCGAAUUGAAUUUUAUAUACAUAACAUAUAAAGCUCUUUCGAUAUUCAACGACAACAAAGCAAACUAUAACAACGAAGUAUGGAGGGAGGUGUAGUGGAAAGUUCUGUUAGCACCGAAACGAACAGAUGGGAGGAUGAGAUGGCCCUGCAAGGAUGUUGCAGCCCUAAGAAAAUGCCCUACCGAUUUUUGGGUCUGGCGCUCAUGUGUCUACUCGGAUUCGGAUCGUAUUUCUGUUUUGACAAUCCUGGAGCAUUACAGGAUAAUUUUAAAACUGAUUUAGAUAUGUCAACUAGCACAUUUGUUUUGUUAUAUUCUAUAUAUUCAUGGCCAAAUAUCAUUCUCUGCUUCAUUGGAGGAUUUUUAUUAGAUAGUGUCUUUGGAAUUCGGCUAGGUACUAUAAUAUAUAUGGGACUUACAUUGAUUGGUCAAAUCAUUUUUGCAUGUGGUGCUAUGUUUAAUAUUUUUUGGCUAAUGAUGCUAGGCCGAUUUGUCUUUGGAAUCGGUGCGGAAUCAUUGGCAGUUGCUCAAAAUAGUUAUGCAGUUCUUUGGUUCAAAGGUAAAGAAUUAAAUAUGGUAUUUGGACUGCAGUUGAGCUUCGCGCGAGUCGGAUCGACUGUGAACUUCUUAGUAAUGGAGCCAAUAUACAAUUAUGUAUCUAAUUAUUAUAAGGGUCCAGAAUGCAUUGGCAUAGUUCUUUUUCUCGCUGCUGGAACUUGCGUGAUGUCGAUGAUAUGCGCGUGUAUAUUAGGCCUCAUGGAUAAACGCGCCGAGAGACUGCUCCGACGAGGAGAAGGACAAGAACCGCAAGUUGUUAGUCUAAAGGACGUCAAGGAUUUCAAGCCAAUCUUUUGGUUGAUUGCGCUCAUUUGCAUCGCUUAUUAUGUCGCGAUAUUCCCCUUUAUCGCUUUAGGAAAAGUAUUUUUCGAACGGAAAUACGAAUAUGAUCCAUCUGCUGCAAACAUGGUGAAUUCUCUUGUUUACUCGAUAUCGGCGAUAGCAUCACCUAUAUUAGGUUACUUGGUAGAUAGGAUAGGAAAAAAUGUAUUAUGGGUGUUUAUUAGUAUCUGUAUGACUAUCUUUGCACAUGGAUUGCUCGCAUUUACCUAUUUAAAUCCCUAUGUGUGUAUGGUUCUCAUGGGAUUGGCGUACUCGAUGCUUGCUAGCAGUUUAUGGCCUUUAAUCGCUCUUGUUACACCCGAGCAUCAACUUGGUACUGCUUAUGGAAUAGCGCAAGCUGUACAAAAUUUAGGUCUUGCUGUAGUAUCAAUUGUAGCUGGUAUAAUUGUCGACAAAGGAGGAUACUUAAUGCUCGAAAUGUUCUUCCUUGCUUGGCUCUGGGUUUCAUUGAUAACUGCUGGUGCAAUCUGGAUAAUGGAUGCAGCAACAAGUAGUGGUUAUCUCAACAUGACACCAGGACAAAGAGAACGAUAUGAAAUGCUUCGAUGUACUCCUGAGAGUUUGGAACGAGAAAAAUUAUUAUCAGAGUGUACAGCGGAUUUCUCAGCAGACGGUCUUAUGCAACCACAAUCUGAUAUCAGUAUACGAAACCGUUACUUGUCUCGCAUUGGUGCAAUGGUGCCACCGCAUGCAGUAACACCAAUUCAUCGAGCAUUACGAUGAUAUGUACAAUCUAGUUGCAAAUUUAUGAUAUAAAUAGGUAUGUAAAAGUUUUAAAUCUCGUAAAAGUGUCUGUUCACUGUGUCUUCCUGUUACACACAGCUUGAUCUGUGAUAAUUUCGUAACGCAAUUAAAUCGAAAUUUUGUCCUAAUAAUAUCAAAAUAUUUUUUUAAUUGAUGUCGACUUAUGUAUUUUACAUAAAACUUACAACAAAUUCGGUUGGACACACUACUGUCGAGUGCAUACUGGUGCACAUUAAAGACUGUCAUAUGUAUAUAUAAUAGUAUAACUAAAAUAAUAAGGUAAUUAUCAAUUAAUACUACUAAUAAAUUAUUAUAUUUUUUCUCAUUGAACAAAUAACGAUAUGAAUAACUCGAAUUAAUUAUUUUAAUUAUUUAUGCUAUUGUACAUUUGUAUAUGAUAGUCUUUAAAUACAUUACGCAUUAGUACAAUCAACUGAGUUUGUUAUUAAUGAUAUACAACUAUUUGUGUCACACACACACACACACAAGCACAAUAGUUACCAUGAAUAGUAAGAACUUGUAAGUCAUUCUCUAUCUUUAAGUUUUAAAAACAAAUGUUACAAAAUUAAUUAAUUCAUAAUAAUGUGACAUGACUAUUUGUGUCACAGUUAUCAUUGAAUAUUAAAAAUGAAUAUAAAAACUCGUAAGUCAUUCCCUAUUUAAGUUAUAAGAACAAGUGUUACGAAAUUAAUUAAUUCAUAAGAUAAUGUGACAUCUUGUCA